AUGGCUCAGUGUGCAGCUCAUCCUGCCGCCCUCAUCCUGCUGUUGGUGCUCGGCGCCGCCACGGUACUGCUCCUCACUUUACCAAGCCAAGACAUUCCCAAGGCACCCGGGUUCAUGUACGGAAUUGUUUUGGAUGCAGGAUCCUCACACACAUCCUUGUAUGUAUACAAGUGGCCUGCAGACAAGCAAAAUGGCACGGGUGUGGUGACCCAGCACAGUGAAUGUCAUGCAAAGGGAGGUGGAAUCUCCAGCUAUGCGGGGCAACAAGGAGCAGUGGGGCAGAGCUUGGAGGCAUGUUUGGACCAGGCAGUGCAGGAUGUCCCUGCACAUAGACACAAGGUUACACCAGUGUACCUGGGUGCCACAGCAGGCAUGAGGCUUCUACAUAUCUCCAGUCCACAACAGUCUGCUCAAAUUCUGCUGGAAGUUGGCAAUAAAAUCCAGUCAUACCCGUUCAGCUUCCAGGGGGCCGCCAUUCUGUCCGGUCAAGAGGAAGGUGCAUAUGGUUGGGUCACUGUCAACUAUCUUUUAGAGAAUUUCAUCAAGUAUGGCUUUGUGGGGCGUUGGCUGAGCUCAGGAAGGCCCACAGUGGGGGCCCUGGAUUUCGGUGGUGCAUCCACACAGAUAACAUUUGUGACUAAAGAGAAAGUGGAGGAUGAGAAGGAGAUGAUGAAACUGCGUCUGUACGGCCAGGAGUACUCUCUGUACACACACAGCUUCCUCUGCUAUGGACAGGAUCAGGUCCUCAAGAGGCUGAUGGCCCACAUAGUCAAGUCUCAAGGUUAUUCAGCAUCUGUUACUCACCCGUGCCAUCCUGCCGACUCCUCUGUAAACAUAAAGCUGGACAGUAUAUUCAACUCUCCAUGCACAGCCAAGUACAAACCAAGCUCCUACAAAGCCCAGGAUUCUUUGGUAGUACGUGGCAGUGGACAUUACGAGCAAUGUUCAGGAAACGUGUCCGAGAUCUUCUCUUUCGACGGCUGCCUUUUCUCUCAUUGCUCCUUUGACAAAGUCUUCCAGCCAAAUGUGACUGGCAGCUUCAUGGCAUUUUCAGCCUUCUUCUACAUUCACUCCUUCCUGCAGCGUAUCACUGGCAUCUCAGUGAGCACUGCUGCCCAAAUGGAGGAGGCAGCUAAAACAGUAUGCAAGAUGACUUUUGCCCAGAUGAUGGUUCAUGCUCCAGAUCAAGCGUCUCGCCUGAGGGACUACUGUGCUUCCUCUGUGUACAUCAAGGUUCUCCUGCUUAGAGGAUACGGCUUUGAUGCAACGUCCUUUUCACGCAUUUCUUUCAAGAAGAAGGCAGGCGACGCCUCUGUUGGAUGGGCUCUGGGGUACAUGUUGAGUUUGAGCAAUUUGCUGCCGUCAGAAAAAAUGGCAACAUGGAAGGCAUUGGCACCAGGAGUAUGGGAAACCCUCAUUGUACUUUGUGUCUUGCUCUUGGUCAUCGUCCUGACCUUCAUCGCACUUGGUGCUUGUGAGUGGAAGAGGAGAGGACGCAAUGACGGCGCCAUCUAGUCCUACCAUUGCACACAAUUACACUGGUACAGUUUACAUAUUCUGCUGCAGGGUUUGCCAUUCAGGUGUUUACAUUGCCCAAUCUGCUGCAUUGAUGCCAUUAAGAAAAAUGAUUAACUGACACAAAUUCAAGACCUCACUCUUCUAGAAGUUACUGGAGGCAUUUCAACAUAAGUAAUGGCCUCAUCAUCACACUGGGAAGCCAUUUUACUUACGUAGGCUAACGUAUCCCGUUAUUAAGCAGGGGUUGUGGUGGCACUGCAACAGCGGUUGUAAUGAUUUUGUAUAUACAAGAUGAUAAGGGAUAACAUAUUUCUCAUGGUGUAUUUGUGUGACUUGAAAUAAAACACAUUUCUUAUGUUUGUCGCAGGUGUGUAAAUCAUGGAUUUGUAUGUUUUUUGGCUAACGGAAAUUUUGUGUUCGGUGACUUACUGUUUUGACGC